CGGCUCAGAGUCUCUACCCGGAAGUAAACGCGGAAAGUACCGAGCGAGCAAAGAGCUGUACUUGAAAGUGCAGCCGCUCGCCACAGGACACCAGUCAAAUAUAAUAAUGUCCUUAACCAUAUUGACAUCCGCUUACAGGCUGAGGUCCUUCCACAGACUGCAGCGAAUCCAGGGCCACAUGAUGUCGAGUCAGGUGGAUCCAGGCGUUCUUCUGGAGAAAGUUGGCAACGCAGGUGUGAUCACUAUUAACAGACCCAAAGUCCUGAAUGCCCUCAACCUGACCAUGAUCCGACAGAUCGCCCCUCAGCUGCAGAAAUGGGAAAACGACAAUGAGACUGACAUUGUGAUCAUCAGAGGAGCAGGUGGAAAAGCCUUUUGUGCUGGUGGAGACAUCAGAGCGGUCACAGAAGCAGGAAAAGUUGGAGGCCCUCUGGCAGUGGACUUUUUCCGUGAGGAAUACAUUCUCAACAAUGCUAUUGGAUCAUGCAAGAAACCCUACAUCGCUCUUAUUGAAGGAAUAACGAUGGGAGGGGGUGUGGGUCUGUCAGUCCAUGGGCGGUUUCGGGUGGCCACUGAGAAGACGCUGUUCGCCAUGCCAGAGACCGCCAUAGGGCUUUUCCCCGACGUGGGCGGUGGCUAUUUUCUGCCGCGGCUGCAGGGGAAGCUGGGGCUGUUCCUCGCCUUGACGGGCUUCCGCCUUAAGGGACGAGACGUGCAGAGAGCCGGAGUCGCCACUCACUUUGUAGAGUCCAAGAAGAUCCCAGAGCUGGAGAAGGAGCUGGUGGGCUUGAAGUCUCCCUCUGCGGAAGACAUCUCCAGAGUGCUGGAUUCAUUCCAGAACCAGAGUAGUGUAGAUUCCGAGAAGCCGUUUGUGUUGGACAAACACAUGUCUGAUAUUGACAGGCUGUUCAGCUCCAGCAGUGUGGAGGGCAUCGUGCAGAACCUGAAGGCAGACGGCUCCGAGUUCGCCAACAAACAAGCUGAGACACUGUCCAGAAUGUCUCCGACGUCCCUGAAAAUCACCCAUAAGCAGCUGCAGGCGGGUGCAACUCUGAGCCUGCAGGACGUGCUGGUGAUGGAGUACCGACUCAGCCAGGCCUGCAUGAGAGGCCACGACUUUUAUGAGGGCGUACGAGCCGUGCUGGUUGACAAGGACCAGAGUCCCAAGUGGAGCCCUUCAACGCUGGAGGAGGUGUCCGAGCAGAGCGUGGAUCAGUGCUUCUCCUCGCUGGGGGAGAAGGACCUGAGGUUCUGAUGCUUCCCACCUUCAGACCCACACCACCAAGCCUCCUUCCCCUUGGUGCUCUGCACGGCCGAGGAGGAAGAAAAGUCUGUUAUUUUAUGACCGUCGCACACUUGAUGGUUUGUCUCCAUACUGUUCGUUGCUGUGGGUACAUUUCACAGGAAAAUACAAGCUGCUCCUCUGCAGCUGCGGAAAAGGUCUGAUUCACGCUGCUAGUCUCAACUUAGAAUAGUAGCAGGACAGAAAAAACUCUUGAGCUGGCUGUGCAGUGAGAGUGGAGUGUUUGUAUUUUUAUACAAGCUGUACAGCAGCAACUCACUCUUCUGCUGCAAACACACGGAUUAUGCUGCACAGCAGCAUCAAUGGAGGACAUGGGAGGAGAAAAUGAUCUCCUCCACUGAGUGCUUCAUUACACUUCCUGUGGGUGUUUGUUGAUGUGACACGGAUCGGUAUCAUCUGUAUUCCUGCUGCUGCUUAUGAAGUAUUGCCUCUAUUUCUGUAGUUUUCUUAGUUCUUUUUUUUCUGGGGUUCUUUCUUUUCACUAAUCUACUUUUUCCAGACGUAAUGUAGAUAAAACUCUGUUCUGACAUCAAUCCCAGUAGAGAACUAAAUACUUUUGUUGAGUUACGUUUGUUUGUGGUGGAUAAAUGUGUGUGCGUGAGAUACAGCGUGUUUUUGUAAUGAACUUGAGUAUCAAACCGCUUUGCUAAACAUUGUUCUCGUUUGUUGCUUUAUCCAUGAGUCAACUAUCCUGAUUGGGCAUCAAAAGACGGCAAUAAAGAGAGCUGAUAAAAAACUGA